UUACAGGCCAGAAACAUCCAGACUGGGGAGCUGGCAGCAGUCAAGAUGAUCAAACUGGAGCCAGGAGAUGACUUCUCCAUCAUCCAGCAGGAGAUCUUCAUGGUGAAGGAGUGCAAACACAGCAACAUUGUUGCCUACUUUGGCAGCUACCUCUGCCGGGAGAAGUUGUGGAUCUGCAUGGAGUACUGUGGAGGAGGAUCACUGCAGGAUAUCUACCAGGUGACUGGACCUCUUUCUGAACUGCAGAUCGCCUAUGUCAGCAGAGAAACUCUGCAGGGCCUUCAGUAUCUACAUAGCAAGGGCAAAAUGCAUCGAGACAUUAAGGGUGCUAAUAUACUACUCUCUGACAAUGGGGAUGUGAAGUUAGCUGAUUUCGGAGUUGCAGCCAAAAUAACGGCGACCAUCGCAAAGAGGAAGUCCUUUAUCGGCACUCCGUACUGGAUGGCUCCUGAGGUGGCUGCAGUGGAGAAGAAUGGCGGUUACAACCAGCUGUGUGAUAUCUGGGCCGUGGGCAUCACCUCCAUCGAGCUGGCAGAGCUGCAGCCACCCAUGUUUGACCUGCACCCCAUGAGAGCCUUAUUUCUAAUGUCAAAAAACAGCUUUCAGCCACCCAAGCUAAAGGAUAAAAGUAAAUGGUCAAAUGCAUUCCAUAAUUUUGUGAAAGUAUCACUGACGAAAAAUCCAAAGAAAAGGCCCACUGCUGAGAAGCUGCUCUCGCACAUGUUUGUCGGACAGACUGGGCUCAGUCGAAGGCUGGCUGUGGAGCUGCUGGACAAACUGAACAACCCAGACCACCCUCCCCAUUACAGCGAGGUGGAUGAUGACGACCUGGAGCCUCUCUCAGCUGUUCGGCACACCAUUCGUUCCACUAACAAGAGCUCCAGAGCAGAAAGGACGCGCUCCGAAAUUAACUUUGACAAGGUGCAGUUUGAGCCUCCUCUACGGAAAGAAACUGAAGCUCAUGCUGAGAUGGACGUGACCAAAGACGACUUCUCUUCCCCGUGGAGCCCUUUCUCAGACGGAGGAAUCGGCAGCAAGAGCCUUCUCAAAUGCGUAGAGGAGGAGUUGUUCCAACGGGGCCACUUUGCACAUCUGGAAGACGGGUUUGAAGACGUGGAUCUCUCAACCUUGAAACAAGGAAUUCCUCCACCACUACCUCCAAAGCCUCGGAUGAGCAGCAGCCCAGAUGAGGUCGGUCUGGAUGAGGAAAAGUCCCUGACGGUGCGACGCUUCCCUCUCUCCGACAACGGGCACUCCUCGGGCCUGCGCAGGCGGAGCUCCCCCACGCCGGGCAGCCUGCCGGAGCUCAUCUCUGCCGGGAUCCUGUCUGCCAGCGUGAGCAGCCCCGUCCUGCUGCACCGCGCCGCCGCCGAGCAGGCUGACGUGGAGAGCAUCCCCAGCCUGAAUGGUGACGGCUGCAUGCAGCCCCCUGUCCUUCCACAGAGGAAGGAGAAGAAGGAGUUCCCAAAACCAGCCAUCAACGGCCUUCCACCUACACCAAAAGUUCUUGUAAGUGUUCAUCUUUGAACAGCCUUUGUAUUG